AUUGGCAUCUAUUACUACGUGCAAUAGUGAUGGCGGAUAAACUUGUUGAUGUUGAGUUGGCAGUUUGUUUUUUUUAGCUUAAAUUACUUUUGUUGUUCAAUCUUAUUUCUUUGAAGAGCCAACUUCACCUGCGCUGUAUAUAUUUUAAAUUUAGGCAUAUUAACACAGUUAAAAGCCACUAGUGUGCUUACUGCCGUUGUGUGUGUAUGCGGUCGCCACGCAGCGGUGCAGCAGCAAUCUGGGUUCACCUCAUUAGCUGCUGUAAUAGCCAGCUAAUACAUAUUGGGCUGCACUCAGAUCAACCCUCACAUUUUUACUUGUUUCCAUAAUUUUUUAAUAAGGCGGAGGAACUGAUGAGACCGUUGUCAUGACAUUGAGGAGAGGUGAGCCAGUCUGAAGGAAGCAUAGAUAUUUUUUAUAUCUAUGGAAGCGAGCAUGCAUCUAGUCUAGAUAAAACGUUACAGUGAGAAUGGAAAACUAAAUAGAUACUGUAAACGUGGUCAUCCUUUUGCUGCUGGGUGUGGCCUUCCUGAUCAUAGUUCAACGAAAUCUCCUUAACCUCAGUGACAUUUUACACAAGGAAAACCCAGAUGCUGGGAUGAUUCUUCCAUUUGAAUCCGAGUUGUCUCCGGAGCUCAGAGAAGAGUCGGUAAGGAAAGGAGAGGAGAUCCCUGUCCUCAUCACUGCUGCUGUGGAAAGACUCGGAGCUGUGGUUGCUGCCAUGAACAGCGUCUACCAGAACAGUAAAGCCAAUGUUGUUUUCACCAUAGUGACCCUGAAUGACACGGUGGAUCACCUAAAUGUGUGGCUUAGUAAGACACGGCUUAAAAAUGUCAAAUAUAAAAUAGUUAUUUUCAAGCCUGAGCUCCUUAAUAGGAAGAUAUCUAAAGAUCCUCAGACACUGGAAGCUGCCAAACCAUUAACUUUUGCCAGGUUUUAUCUACCUUUAUACAUACCCGAGGCAGAGAAAGCCAUCUAUUUGGAUGACGAUGUCAUUGUACAAGGGGACAUUCAGGAGCUUUAUGAAACCAAUCUCAAACCAGGACACGCAGCCGCCUUUUCUGAUGACUGUGAUUCAGCAUCUGCUAAGGGCAUCAUUCGAGGGGCUGGAAAUCAGAAUAACUAUAUAGGCUUUCUGGACUUCAAGAAGGACGCUAUCAAGAAGCUGGGGAUGAGGGCUAACACAUGCUCCUUCAACCCCGGGGUCAUCCUCGCCAACCUGACGGAGUGGAGGAACCAGAACAUCACCCGGCAGCUGGAGAACUGGAUGGAACUUAACACACAGGAGGAUCUGUACAGUAAGACACUGGCAGAGAGUAUCACCACCCCCCCACUCCUCAUUGUUUUCUACAAACGUCACUCCACGAUUGACCCCAUGUGGCAUGUCAGGCACCUUGGCAUGACAGGUGCUGGAAACCGCUACUCUCUCCAGUUUGUGAAAGCUGCCAAACUCCUCCACUGGAAUGGACACUACAAGCCCUGGGGGAGAACAUCCUCCUUUUCUGACGUGUGGGACAAGUGGUUCAUUCCAGACCCCACAGGAAAAUUUCAUCCCGUGCGAAAACAUGCAGGGGACAACUAGACCGAAAAGUUGGUUUUAGUAAGCUUUUAAGCAGCCAGGCCUUCCCAGCAGGACUACGCCUCGCUCGCAUCUCAGGAACUAAGUAAGGCCUAUUCACUUUCAGGUGCUAUCAUCCUAAGAACAUGUGGACCCUGUGUACUCUCGCCUUCCCUUGAACAUGCUCCUUUUUUCUAUAACCAUUGCGUCUUAUUAUUCUUAGAGCGCACAAAUAUUUCACAUUUCUUUAGUCCUCAAACGUUCACUAGAGUCCUAGACCAUUUUUUAACCAAUGAUAAAAACAGUGUUUAAUGAAAAGACGUUAAAUAUAAUAUAAUGUAGCAUCGGUGAAGCCACCCAUUGGUUUGUGGACGGCCGUUUUAAAGCCAGCAGUUUGCAUUUUGGCCUUUGCCAUAUUGGUAUUUUGAAACCUGAUUUUCGCAUCCAGUUUGAUUUCCCCCUGCUGGAAAUA